AUGGCAAGGAAAAGAGGAAGAGUAAGUUAAAUAGUGAUAAUUGUCAGCUCAUUUACUUUUCAUAAGUAGUUUUUUUGGUUUAUUCACAUUAUAAUUGAUGUUAUUUUAGGGAAAAUCCGCAAAAGCUGCGCGUCGUGGACUUCUCGGACUUCCAAAACUCCCGAAAACGAAAGAUGUCAAAUAUGUAAGUUAUAAUAGGUUGUUACUUGCAUUUUUCUGAGCAAUUUUUAUUUUUUCAUUUUUAGGCGAAGGUUGAAGAGAAACGAGAACAGAAGAAAGCCGAUAAGAAGGAUGCAGCUACGUUAAGAGCCAAGGUUUCUGGAAAUGUGGCUGAAGCUGAGGAAAAGAAGAUACCUAGGUCAUUCGUUAUACACACAGGAAAGGUUGGGAUGUUUGCCAAGAGGUUGGAACACGAUUUACGACAAGUUAUGUUGCCAUACACAGCCAAAGACUUGCAGGUAAGUUAAUGUUGAUUAGUUUACCUUAAAAAUCUAUUUUAUACUUUUUGUUUAUACAUUAUUUAGCAUUUGAAACAUAUUUUUAUGUCGUGUAUCCUUCUUGUUGUGAAAUACACUUUAUAUAUUAUUUUAGGUAAAAAAACGAAACAACUUUAAAGAUUUCCUAACUCAUGCGGGUCCUCUACACGUAUCACAUCUUGUAGUAUUGACAAGGAGUGAUUUGUCUGUAAAUCUUCGUAUCAUUCGAGUUCCUCGGGGUCCAACGAUACAUUUUAAAGGUAAGACUUUGUUAAUUAUGUUUAUUCUGUUUAGUUGAUAAUUACACAUUGGCACACGGCAUUCUGUCAGCUUCUAAACGACCAGUUCAUUUCCAAAAGUUGUUUGAUUACUCACCGUUAGUUAUUUUGAACGGUUUCAAUGAUCCAGCGAAGAAACACUUGCAAUUGGUUCAGACUGUUAUUCAGAAUAUGUUUCCUUCUAUUAAUGUGGAUACGGUAGGACAUUAUUCAUAGUUAUUUAGCAACAUGGUUGUGUAGGAGCAAUUUUAUGUUUUUUGACUUGUUUUUUUCCGAAAUUUGAAAAACCAUUUUUAGGUACAACUAAAAAACAUUCGACGAGCACUAUUAGUCAAUUACAAUGCAGAAACAGACACGAUCGACUUCAGGCAUUAGUAAGUUGGCCAUACCUCCUUUAAUACUGAAAAAAAGUUAUUUAAGUUUAUGCUAAUUUAUUUAAGCUUGUAUUAAUUGUGUGUUUCAGUUCUAUCAAAGCAGUACCAGCUGGAGUGAGCAAAUCGACCAAAAAGCUGGUUCAAAGCAAAAUACCAGAUUUGUCCAAGUAUAAGGAUAUCAGUGAGUUCUUGAUGAAGUAAGUUUAUUUUUAAGUAUUUUACUUUUGAGAGGCAAUCAGCAACAGACGAAACACAGUUUAUAAUUUUUACGUGUUUUGGCUUUAAUUUUAAUUGUUUUUAACAUAUUUAUGUCAUUUGGGGGUACUAAGAUUGCAUUUUAUAUGAUUCCUGUCUUUCUUAUUAUAAUUUGACACUUUUAGCCCAGGACAGUUGAGUGAAAGUGAAUUUGAAGGUGAACAACAAGAACUGGAACUUCCUCAAGAUUUGAAAACUCGAGGCUGUGGCCAAGGAGACAAAACUAAACUCAGAUUGAUUGAAAUCGGGCCUAGAAUGACUUGGGAGUUGGUGAAGGUGGAAGAAGGCAUCGAUGAAGGAGAAGUUCUGUAUCACAAGUUUGUCAAAAAGAGCACGGCUGAAGUCAGGAAGCUCAAGAAGAAGCUUCCACUUAUUAAGUAGGUUUUGUUCAUAUAAACAUACGUAUUAUGACUUUUUGUUAUGGACUUCCGGGUUUUUAAUGUGAAUAACAAGCAAAUUAAUUAGUUAUGGGGCUCAAUGUUGUUAUAACUUGACCUUUUUACUUGUUUUGUAUGUAAAGCGAGGAUUUUUGUUUUUUUUAGCUUAAUAAUUAUCUUUACAGAAAGAAGAAGCUGCGUGAAGAGAAGAACAUUCAACAUGCUGUGGUUAGGAAGUUGGAAGCCAAAGAGAAACGUGAACAGAAGAUCAAUGAGAAGUUUGAGGAAGAGAAGCAGAGGUUGAUCAGGAAACAGAGGGCCGUUACUGGAGACUACUCGUCGGAAGACGAAUCUCCACAACAACAAGAUCAGCAAGGUCAGAAUGAGAAAGAAGGGAAAGAAAAGGAAAAUGACAAGAAAAACGGUAAAAAGUCGUCACAACCUCCAAAGAAGAGGUUCAAGAAAAGUAAAUGA